CGGAAGUGGAGCGCUGCCGGAGUUGCUCUGGAGAAUGAGAGGAACUCGACAGUUAGUUACCCUAGUAAAACACGGUAACUGGCAGAUCGUUUUUGAUUUUUCAUAUGGACUGCACUGUGUUUUCCCAACAGAGGAAGGCGAGCCCAGCGCACUCCUCCUCCUCGCCGCCUCUGCACGUUCACGUUCCAGAGUCUACGCCCGUGCACGUUCACGUGGAGAAGAGUGGCCAGGCCUCGUUCACGAAAACACCCCAGAUGAAGAUGAAGGACAGCAGGAUGAGAAAGGAGGCCGGGAGCCUUUGUACCACCACCAGGAUGAAGACGAAGGCCCCCUGGAUCCCCCCUGGCAAAGCCUCUAUACGUGACAUUUCCUACAAGUGGGAGAGUCCAACACAUCGGCUGGAAAUGACAUCGGUGCCGGAGCCUGACUCUUCCCGUCCUCUUCUGCGCUCGGGAGACCUCUCCACCGAUGAGGAAGAGCUGCUGCAUGGCCGCAUUAAUCAGUACGAGAGGAAGAUUGACAGCCUGAUGGCCGAAGUUGGAUCCCUCAAGAAUGAGGCGGAGCUCCGGAGGAAGGAGCAGUUGCUGGAGCGCCGCUCGGAGCAGCUGAGCGCCUCGAAACGUGUUAUCGAGAAGCAGGAGGAGAAGUUGGAGGAGGUCACCAAAGAGCUGGAGGUCACGGAGCGAGAGAACGCCCUCCUGCGGCAGUCCCUCGAGAAGAUGCGCGAGGAGACCGACCUCAGCAGGCUAGAAGCAGACCCCGCGCAGCAGGAGAAGGAGGCUCUCCUGAGAAAGCUGGUGGAGGUGGAGGUGGAUGGAGCAGCAGCUACUCAGCAGUUGUCAGCCCUGCAGGAGAUGAUGUCCCGGAUGCGGAUUGACCAACAGCUGACCCGGUCGGACGCUGCCGAACUCGACAGGCGGAAGAAGCGGCUGAUGGAAAAGUUGGACGCGUUCGAGGGCACCAACCGCUCCCUGAGGCAACUCCUGAGGGAACACCACGGCCGAGAAACAGAUGCCAUAAGGCUGUCAGAGAAGAUGGAGAUGAUACUGAGAAAACUGGCAGAUACGGAGGCGGAGAAUAUGCUUCUAGUAGCAAAACUAAAAGAGAAGGAGAAAGAGCUCGAGCAUUUCACGACUUCUCUGGAGUCUGAGAAGGAGAAUGUGAGGAGCACAGGGGAGCUGUCCAAAGCUUUGGAGACCACCCGGGCCCUCCUCCAGGGUCAGCUGCGCACAAAAGAAGCGGAAAACGGUCGACUGUCUGUCCAGAUUCAGGACCUGGAACGCACAGUGAGGGCGCAACAGGAGGAGGCGGAGCGGCUGCAGGAGCAGCUGAAGGAGCUGCAGCAGCGGGGCGAUGCAGACAGGGAGGCACUGAAGCGGGCGACACAGGUGCAUAAGCAGCGGGCAGAGCGCAGCGAGGACACAGCGGGUCAGCUCACGGCUCAGCUGCUGGAGAAGGAGACCCAGCUGGCAGACGCCCUGGCGGCAGCGGAGAGCUGGCGUAGUCGUCACGCCCGGGAAGUGAAGGAGAAGAGCCGCCUGGAGACGGAGAUCACAGUUCUCAACAACCAGCUCUCUGACCUACGAGAUCAGCUUCAUGGUGUUGAGGAAAAGGCCCGAGUUGAGAGGGAGGGGAUCAUGGACAGGCUGCACCGCCUCACUUCUGAUGGCACCUCUGUAAAGCUGGAGAACCAGAGGCUCAUGGCCAGUCUGUCUUCUAUGGAGGAGAAGCUCACAUUGUCCCAGUCUGAAACACAGCAACUGAAAGCCUCUGUGAAUCGGUACGAGUCCCUGCUGGACAAUUACAAGGGCCAGCUGCAGAAGGUGCGUAUGGAGGCGGAUGAGUACUGUGUGAAGGCAGAGCUGGCAGAGAAGGAGGCUCAGGCAGCGCGGGCAGAGCUGGAGCAGGAGAUGGGGGUGCUGCGGAAGCACUUGUUGGAUCGCCUGUCGGCGCUGGAGCCGCUGCCCAGGAUGCUGAAGCGCUCCGAGCUGCAGCUGCGCGAGGCGGAGGAGCAGGUGCAUGCCCAUGAGAGGCGGAGCGCCGAGCAGAGCGGCGCCCUCGCGGAGCUCCGCCUCAAGGUAGAACACCAAGGUAGCCGAGCUGAGGCCUUGCGAGAGAAGAACUUGCUACUGGGGGAGGAGAACAAGCAGCUGAAGCACACAGUGGAGAAUCUGGAAAAGAAGUUGGAGGAGGCAAAUUCGGAGAACAGGGAGCUACUCCAGGUCCUUGCCAAGCGGGAGGACACGAUCCAUACCAACCAGCUGCGGCUGCAGGAAAAGUCCCAGGAGUGCGAAGGUCUGGCCCGGCAGGUGGAGGCCGCACUUGGUGACGCCAGGCGUCAGGUGGAUCAGAGCCUGGAACGCGCUGUCUCCAGGGAGCGCUCUUCUCACUCCAGGGUUCUGGAUCUGGAAACGCAGCUGAGCCUCACAAAAUCGGAGCUCACCCAACUUCGCCGCAGCAAAGAAGAGGCUGAGCGUCGACUGCAGGUUAAGAUACAGGACACGAAGGACCGACUGGAGCAGUCGGACAGCACCAACCGAAGCCUUCAAAAUUACAUUCAGUUCCUCAAGGACUCCUACGCCAAUGUCUUUGGUCAUUCUGUUCUCACCAGCUCCGUAGGACCUCCAUCUCUGGUCCCUGAUCUCAACUGAUCUAAGCGAAUAGGCCGCCUUUCUCUUAGGAAAACCCUCUCCUGAACGUCACAGA